CGUGCGGCAAAACAAACUAUUCCUAAGGGCAGCCGCGACAACCCACAUACGAUUUGGACGGACGAUAUGGAUUUGGCAUCCAAGCAGGCUGAAGACGCGUUUCAGGCUCACCUUGCUGCCCCAAAUGAUGACAUGCUUCGGGACGCAUUCAUCCGGGCCAAGGAUCGACGAAAUUCGGCUUUUCGUCGAGGGAUCCAAUUACUUAUGGAAUCCCGCGCUCAAAAACUCGGGGCCUCGUCCACCCCCAGUUGGCGUUAUUUAAGAGGAUUGGCGGCACCGCCUCCUCGCCCACUUACUACAGUGGUUCUCCGAUCACUUAAUGAUCGUACCUGUGCGCUCCCCUGCCAAAAAGCCAACUUACUCGUUCGCCAGUUUGUACAGUUUUCACGUGCUUUACUCACAAAUACCCCACCUAUACGACAAGACUGUCGUGGUGCUCUUUGUGACAUGGAUCGACCUUAUACCGCUUAUGAAUUGGAUCUGGCCAUCCAUGAUGCUCCUCUGGGAACAGCACCUGGGCCUGAUGGUAUUAUGAAUGAUUUUCUCCAUCACCUUGGCCCUGUUGCUCGAAACACGCUUCGGACAAUGAUAAAUACUUCCUUUGCAUCUGGAGAGUUUCCUCCGCAAUGGAAGAAAGGGGUGACGGCCCCUAUCCCUAAACCAGGUAAGGACCCCAGCCGUCCUGAUAGUUAUCGUCCAGUGACAUUACUAUCAGUCUUGCUUAAGGUGGCCGAACGUAUGGUCCACUGA